AUGCAGACCCCCAGUCAUGAACCCAGCCUCGACCUAUCCCCCCAGUCCUGCCAAUCCUGCAGGUCUCGCAAGAGGAAAUGCGACAAGGCACUCCCCAGAUGCUCCCUCUGUGCUAAGCGUAAUCAAAAUUGCGAGUAUUGGAGACCAGAUGCGCUUAGUCACUCGGCCACCACUUCAAGCCCGGAGCGAGGAUGGUACCCCUCCCCUCUGGACGAGCAGGCAGAUGUUCGGACUAUUGACUUUCCGACCAUCUUGUUUCUCGAUCCGGCUCUGCUACGGCACGGCUUAGUGGAGACUUCACCUGCGACAGGGACUGUCCCGCAGUGCAUUAUACGACUACUAGGCGAUUUGGAUGAAAUCCAGCUCACGGCAACGCGGUUUUUCGAGCAUGUUCAUCUAUGGAUGCCCUUCAUCUCGAAGAAGCGCUUUUACGACUUAUACCUGCAGCCCUCAUUCCACUGGCGGCCCGAUGUUGUUCUUCUUUUAUUGGCACUGAAGCUCAUCACUACCUUCCCGCCGGCUGGUUCUCGUAGUCCCCGGACAGCCUUGUAUAACUCAACUAAACAUUUUUAUCUAAACGUGGAAGGGUGUUUCUCUAUUUUAGUACUGCAAGCUGGAGUUCUUGUUGCUCUUUAUGAGCUAGGACACGGGAUCUACCCUGCUGCAUUCUUGUCGAUCGGGACCUGUGCGAGGUAUGCCUAUGCCUUGGGUAUUAAUGUCAGUCGCACGGUGCCGAGUCGGAGAGUGCUCACUUUGGUGGAGGUUGAGGAGCGACGGAGGGUCUGGUGGGCUAUUGUCAUUUUAGACCGCUUUGUGAGCAUCGGCUGCCCGGGACGGCCCUUUGCAACUGCAGAUCCAAAAUUGGAUGACUUUUUACCAGCAGAUGAUGCUGCAUGGGACCAGGGGACCGUCAAACCCGAUAGGUUCUCGACUCUCUCGUCUCCAAUGACGGGACAUAUGAGUAAAUUUGCUCUGCUUUGUCAAGCCGCCAGAUUAUUGGGCCAAGUUCUCUAUCACCUCUCAACCGACUUCACCAGCGAAGAUGAUGUUUGGAUACAGCUCGAUCGUACCCUGCAGUCAAUGUUAGCCGCUGCAUUGAAUAUUGAUUUCCCGGACUAUGAUCAAAUCACCUUCGUGUACAGUGCCCUGGUCGCCCUAUACACACCCUGGUUAUUAUCCGAUGCAGUUGAAGAAAUCGAGGCCUAUCGUCCACGACGAGCGAAGGUUAUCCUUCAACAAAUCACGGAGCGUAUUAGUGCAAAUUUAAUCGAGCGACAAUGCUUCUUGGGUCGGGAUCCAGAGGAUAUGUCCCCGUGGGGCCUGUAUUUUGCCUAUCGCAUCUGUGGCGCCCAUAUGCGGACCAGCAGUAAAUCAGCGCAUGGCCUUGAGGUGGUGAGGAGCCUGCGUGAGGGGUUCAUGAGUAUUGAUGUACGGUGGAAUGUUGCGGGUGUUUAUCUGCAGCUAUUGGAGGCCCAGGAGGCUAUCAAUAUGGAGGCGUGA